AUGAAGGUGAAUUGUCAUAUCUUCAUACUUUUUAUAAGUGUGCUUUCAUUGGUCAGGGGUGAUUUUGAACCAAAGAUAACCCUUACUCAAGAGAAAGAAGUUUCUAAAGAGUUAUUCUACUUUGAUGAUUCCCACACUAUCAUUGCCUUAAGAUCAGGAGAUUUAUAUAUUUCGAAUGAUGAUGGUGUUAAAUGGCAAAAAGCCCAAGGAAUUGAUAAAACAGUCAUGACUUUGAAGAUGGAUCCCGUUUUUCCAUACAGAGCGUUUGCUUUAACCGUCGAAUCGAAACAGUUUAUCACCAACGAUAAAGGGAAGACCUGGCAAAGUUUCGAAGUUGAACCUAAAGGCAAGGAGGAGAUUUCUAUUGAUUCAAUUCCCAGAGUGAUUUUCAAUCGUUUGGAAUCCAGAAAUGUUAUAUUUGAUUUCUAUAAUUGUCCUAAUCAAAUCUUUUCCAGUUCAUGUAAGCACCAUUUUUACUACACUAAUGAUGGAUUCAAGACUAAUCCCAGCAAGUUGGAAAUAGAUGCCUCAAUUUGUCAAUUUGGGACCAAUGAUUUGGAUAUUUUUUGUGUUGAAAAUGAAAUGAAUUCGUUUGGGCAUGUCAAAUCAUCAAAUUUGGUGAAAUCACGAGACUCCUUUCGGACAAAGAAAGUGGUAAACCAUCAUUUGGCUAAAUCGGGUAAAUUGAUUGAUGUCAGAACUGUAGAAAACUUCAUUAUAGCAAUCGUUCAGAAUGAUAAGUUCAAUACCAAAUCCAAAAUAACGUUAUUGGUUUCCACUGAUGGAACACAUUUCCAACCUGCUGAUUUACAAGUGGAUGUUUCCUAUGGUAUUUUGACCUUUUUGGAUUCGUCUCCUCUGUCAAUGUUCAUAUCAGUGGCAUCGUUCAAUAGUAUGGCACAACAAUUCUCUGUGGGGACGGUUUAUGCUUCUGAUUCCACCGGUACUAGAUUUCAUAAAGUAUUGGAAAAAGUGGAAGGUAAUUCAUUCCAAAAAGUCCAAACUAUUGAUGGUGUUUGGUUGGCCUCUGUUCUUGAUGAUACUGCUACUGAUGGCUCCGAUGAUGGUAAAUCUUUGAUAGAUAUUCUCCUUGGGGAAAAUGCUGGUGGUAAUUUCAAAUCAUUGAUCUCUUUCAAUAAUGGAAGAGAUUUCAAUCCUAUAAGAAUUGAAGAUGAAAGUUGUAAAGAAUCCGAUGGUUGUUCCUUGCAUAUAAUGACCCCUUCUGAAAGGGAUGGUGAAGGAAAGUUUGUUACUGGUCCAACCCCUGGAAUUUUAAUGGCUGUGGGUAACACAGGUAAAUUUUUGACCAAAGAGUUCAGUGACAUGAAAACCUAUAUCUCACAUGAUGGGGGUUCUCAUUGGAAGCAAGCUAUAGAUGAACCAUGUUUGUUUUCUUUCGGUGAUUUGGGUAAUAUAAUCAUUGCUAUGCCUUAUUAUGGUAAAGAAGACAUGAGCACCAAAACCUUAUAUUAUUCUCUUGAUCAAGGUUUAACUUGGACUAAAAAAGAUUUAGAGAAAGGCAUUUUCCCCUUAACUGUUACCACCACUAUUGAUGGUACCUCGUCUAAAUUCAUUAUUAGUGGUUUGAUUGACGAAACUCCUGAUAAAUCUUCAGAUUUCGAAUUUGCUGAGGUCAUUUAUGCCCUUGAUUUCUCCAAAGCCUAUGAUCAUAAAUGUAAGGAUAAGGAUUUCGAGGAAGUGUAUGCUAGAGUAGAUGAUAACAACAAACCUACUUGUAUUUAUGGACACCGUGAGAAAUUCAGAAGAAGAAAAGCUUCAUCCAAAUGUUUUGCAGCCACUCUUUUCAAGGAUAUAACUGUUUACGAUGAAUCUUGUCCUUGUACAGAUGACGAUUAUGAAUGUAAUAUAGGUUUCAAACCAGGUAAAGACAAUACUUGUGAACCUGACAAAAGAGUCAUUGCACAUCUUUGUAGAACCAAGAAAUCUAAAACUUUGAAAUUAUUCAGCAAGAUCCGAUUAACAGGAACAGAGUGUUCAGAUGGUAAAACUCUGAUGAAAGUUGACGUUUUAGAUGUGAAAUGUUCAGAUUACAUUGAUAAUGAUCCACAUCAUGAAUCUAAUCACAAGAUUCAUCAUAAACAAUAUGUCUUGGAAGGUAAAAUGAAAGAAUACACAUACUUUGAACAAGGAGAAGACUACAAUGGAGAGAAUCUUCUCAUACGUACAGAAGAAAAUAGACUUUAUGCUUCAAGAGAUGGAGGUGUUGAAUUCGUCAAAGUCCCUAUAUAUGAAGAGAUUUUAGCUUACUUUAUGGGUUAUAUUCCAGGACAAAUGAUUUUAAUUACUGAAUCCGAAAAAUUUUUGUAUUCAAUCGAUGCUGGUAAUACUUAUAAUAAAUUACUUGCUCCUUCAGCUGCUAGUCCCGUUGCAUCUACAGUGGUUGCUUACCAUAAGACUGAUUCUCAACAAUUUAUUUGGUUUGGAUCAGAAUUAUCUUCUUCUUGUAGUUAUGGUGGUGAUAAGUUCAAUUCUGAUUGUAAAGUCACUGGUUAUAUUACCAAAGACGGUGGUUCAUCCUUUAACAAAUUAAGAGAUGAUGUAAUAAAAUGUGAUUUCGUAUCAUCUCAUCUUCAAAAUGGUAACGUUUCUAAUCCUAACAACUUGAUUUAUUGUUCGGUUCUUGACAAGGAAAAGAAAACUGUAAAUUUAAUUUCAUCUUCUAAUAACUUUAAGGAUGAGAAAGUCAUUGCUGAGAAUAUUGUUGGUUAUGCUAUCUCAGGAAAUUUCGUAGUUGUAGGUAAAAUUGAUCAGAAAAAACAAACUUUACAUGCCAUGGUUACUGUUGAUGGUGAAACAUUUGCUGACGCAUCAAUGCCUCGAGAUUUGAAUAUUGAUAUAAGACAAGCGUUCACAGUUUUAGAUUCCGAAAAAGGUGCUAUUUUCAUGCAUGUAACCACCAAUUCCGAUGAUAAACACGAAUAUGGAGCUAUUUUGAAAUCUAAUUCCAAUGGCACUUCCUAUGCUUUAUCCUUAGAUUAUGUUAAUAGAGAUAAAUUAGGAUUUGUUGAUUAUGAUAGAAUUGAAGGUAUUGAAGGAAUCUUGAUUUCCAAUGUUGUACAAAAUCAUGCAGGAGGAGAUCAUAAGAAAUUAAAAUCAAUGAUAACUCAUAAUGAUGGAGGUGAAUGGAAUUAUAUCAAACCACCUUCCAAAGAUUCCAAAGGGAAGAAAUAUAAAUGUACUGGUAAGUCAUUACAAGAAUGUUCCUUGAAUUUACAUGGAUUUACAGAAAGAGCUGAUUAUAGAGAUACUUAUUCUUCAGCUUCUGCUAUAGGAAUAAUGAUGGGACUCGGAAAUGUAGGGAAAUCCUUACAUAAAAAAGAAGAAAGUUCAUUAUAUUUGACCAGAGAUGGAGGUAAUAAUUGGCAUGAAAUAAGAAAGGGUGAGUUUAUGUGGGAAUAUGGUGAUAGAGGAUCAAUUCUUGUCAUUGUUAAAGAAGGUGAAACCAAUCAUAUUUCAUAUUCCUUAGACGAAGGUAGAAAAUGGAUGAAUUAUAAAUUCUCCAAAGAAAAUAUGAAAAUCACUGAUUUGGCUACUGUUCCAAGUGAUAACUCCCGGAAAUUCUUGGUGUUUGGUGAAAAAGAUGGUUCAACAGUGGUGGUAUCUAUUGACUUUACUGAUGUCUUCGAUAGACAAUGUCAAUUGGAUUUGGAUCAUCCUGAUCAAGAUGAUUUCGAAUACUGGUCACCUAAACAUCCAUUGUUGAAAGGUAAUUGUUUGUUUGGGCAUGAAGCUAAAUAUUUAAGAAGAGCUCAUGGACAUUAUGAUUGUUUUGUCGGUAGUGCUCCAUUAACAGAUGGAUUCAAAAUUUCCAAAAAUUGUUCUUGUACUAGAAAAGAUUUCGAAUGUGACUACAAUUACUAUAGAGAUCCUAGUGAUGAUACCUGUAAGCUUGUUAAAGGUUUAUCACCAGCUGAUCACAAGAAUGAAAUGUGUAAAAAUAAUGUAUUUGAAUAUGUUGAACCCACUGGUUAUAGAAAAAUACCAUUAUCUACAUGUUCCGGAGGUAAGAACUUUGAUUCUUUAUUCAAGAAACCUUGUCCUGGUAAAGAAUCCGAAUUCAAUAAGUAUUACGGAAAGGAUAUUGGUUUUGGUAAAUUAUUGAUUAUUAUUAUAAUUCCUUUAGCUGUAUUCUUAUUUGCAACUUGGUUUGUUUAUGAUCGGGGUAUUCGUCGUAAUGGAGGAUUUAAACAAUUUGGUCAAAUCAGAUUAGAUGGUGAUGAAAAUGAUUUCGAUUUUGACCCUAUCGAAAAUAAUCAAGUUGAUAAGGUCGUUAACAAUAUAGUUAAGGGAGGUAUAUUUACUGUAGCUGCAGUAAUUGCUACAGUCAAAACCUUACGGAAAUUCGAUAAAAUGGUUUUCGAAAGAUUAACUGCACAAAUAUUCAGGGGAUCCGGUAGAAGAAAUUAUGUUAGAGUUCCUGAUAUAAAUGAUGAAGAAGAUGAAUUAUUUGGUAACUUCCAAGAUAACUAUGAGGAAGAGUUGGAACAGGGAAACAACAAUGAUUUAUAUAGAGACUUUGGAGACGAUGUAGAUGAUGACAAUAACGAACUUGAUGUUAGUGAAGAUACGGAGGUUAGAGCUGAUUCCAGAUUGUUUGACGUUGAUGAUCAAUCAGAUGAAGAACCUUCAAAACAAUAG